GCGGAGAAACAUGCUUAUCGGCUGCUGUUGACUUGGAAAAAUAGACAUUUUAACGCAGUUUCAAGGUUCAUGGUUGCUUUUAUGUUAAAGUUGAACGUAAAGUCAAGCGAUGAUGAUUCUGAUUCUAAAAACAAGUACGCAACAUAUCAGUGCAACAAUAGCCAUACAGGAGUCAGUGAUCCUUUACAGCAUACAGCACGAGCAUCUCACAGACACUGUGCCACAAGAACAUGUGUAUUUGACUAUUUUGGGUGGAUAGGCAAGUUCACCCCUUGUUAUAGAGUGAAGGGCGAUCAGGUCUUGGUUAUCACUGAACCAACACAGUUCUAUGAAGUUCUGAAGAUCAAAGCAAGGAAGGCCACAAGCAGAAUAACAAUUGCAUCCCUCUAUCUUGGUACGGGCCAGCUAGAACAUGAUCUUGUGGCUUGUAUCAGAGAAGCAUGUGAAAAUGCCAGGAAAGUUGGAAAUUCUGCAAUGAAGGUGAACAUACUGUUGGACUACACCCGGGGAUCCAGAGGGACGACUGUCAGUUCAAGGACUAUGUUACAGUCUCUUCUUAAAGACUUCCCUUCUACUGUUGAUGUAUCAUUAUACCAUACUCCAGAUCUGAGGGGUUUGUUGAAACGAGUUGUGCCUGAAAGAUUCAACGAAACUAUUGGACUGACCCACCUAAAAGUGUACCUGUUCGAUGACAGUGUUAUCAUUAGUGGGGCAAAUCUGAGUGACAACUACUUCACCAAUAGACAAGAUAGAUAUGUGCUAUUCAAUGACAGUAAGUCUCUGGCAGACUUCUUUGACAAUCUGGUGAAAACAGUAGGCAACCUCUCCUUCAAGAUGAAGCAUGACAACACUCUAGCUCUUGCUGAUGAGGAAUCUAUACACCCAUUUAAAGAUAAAGAUGAUGGAAGUCGAUUUAAGAGGAAAGCCAGGAAACAAAUUCAAAACCUGCUCACUUCAUCAAUGGAAGAUUCAUGGAAUAUGGAGGCUGAGAAUGAUAGCACACAUUGUGAAGAAGAUGGAGAUAGUACGUCUGGCUAUGACACACUGGUGUACCCACUGAUACAGAUGGGGCCAUUAGGGAUCACACAUGAUGAGAACAUCACAUUGAACUUGUUCCGAUCAGCAGCUCCAGGGGAUGAGAUACUCCUCGCCUCUGGCUACUUCAACCUGACCGAUCACUACAUGAAUGUAAUUCUCCAGGAGUCGCAUGCCAAGUAUGGCAUUCUAAUGGCAUCUCCAGAAGUGAAUGGUUUCUUCGGAGCCAAGGGAAUUGCUGGAUCUAUACCAACAGCUUAUGUGCACAUUGCUAACCUGUUCUUUAAGAGCUUGGUGUGGUAUGGUCAGACACAGAGAAUACAGAUGUUUGAGUACUUCCGAGACAAGUGGACCUUCCAUGUGAAAGGCUUGUGGUAUUACCUUCCUGGAGAGAGCCUCCCAAGCCUUACCUUUAUAGGCUCUCCAAACUUCGGGUACAGGUCAGUGUAUCGAGACCUGGAGUGUCAGCUGGCUGUCGUAACUGAGAACACACGCUUGAGGGAACAACUGCGGGAGGAGCAUGUCAGACUGUACCAAUCCUCGAACCUAGUCACCUCAGAACUCUUCAAGCGGAAAGACGGACAUGUGCCCAUGUGGGCUAAGGCAGUGACAACUGUCAUAAAGAAUUUCUUCUAGACAUUAUGCUUGUGAAUAUAAGGGAUGUGGCAAUAUAUAUUUUGUACAUUAAUUAUUUUUGCAAUUAAAACAAAAAAUGUGAA